CAGGUCCAGGUCCAGGUCCCAGUCGAGGAGCAGCAGGGAGAGGAGUCCUGCCCCUCCUCCAAGCACCAGGAAGAUGCGAGUCCACUCACCCCCUCCUCCUCGGGCUCGCCCCAGACCCCACUCGCGCUCCCCGGCCCCGGGCUCCAGGGGCUCCUCUCCCUCCCUGUCCUCCUGCUCCUCCUCGUCCUCCUCUUCCUCCCGCUCCAAGAGCCCGAGCAGCGUCAGCCGUCUGCUGACCCUCCAGGAGAAGCUGAAGCAGAAGGAGGACAAGCAGAAGCGCAGGGAGAUGGCCAAAGCCAUGGAGACCCCCGAGGAGAAGCGAGCUCGCCGCCUGGCUCGGAAAGAAGCCAAGGAGCGGAAGAAGAGGGAGAAGAUGGGCUGGAGCGAGGAGUACAUGGGCUACACCAACGCAGACAAUCCGUUUGGAGACAACAAUCUUCUUGGCACCUUUAUCUGGCAAAAGGCAUUGGAAAAAAAAGGAAUUGGCCAUCUGGAUGAAAAGGAUCUGAAAGAUAGAAACAAGAGGAUACAAGAGGAAAACCGUAUGGAACUGCAGAAAGUGAAGCAGCUGCGCUUGGAGCGGGAACGCGAAAAGGGCCUCCGUGAACAGGAGCUGGAGAUGUUGCAGAGGGAGAAGGAAGCCGAACACUUCAAGACUUGGGCGGAACAAGAGGAUUAUUUCCACCUGCAGCAAGCUAAACUGAGAUCAAAGAUCCGUAUCCUGGGAGGCCGAGCAAAGCCAAUCGACCUCCUUGCGAAGUACAUCAGUGCGGAAGACGAUGACCUGGCUGUGGAGAUGCACGAACCCUACACCUUCCUGAAUGGGCUGACUGCAUCAGACUUGGAGGAUCUUCUCGAAGAUAUUCGAGUUUACAUGGAACUGGAGCAAGGGAAGAACGCUGACUUCUGGAGAGAUAUGACCACCAUUACUGAGGACGAAAUAAGUAACCUGAAAAAGUUGGAGGCUUCAGGAAAAGGACCAGGAGAGCGACGAGAGGGCAUCAACACCUCAGUGAGCACUGAUGUGCAGUUGGUAUUUAAAGGGAAAACCUACAAUCAGCUGCAGGUGCUGUUCCAGAACAUUGAGGCCAAGAUCAAAACUGGCGGCUCAAAUCUGGACAUUGGCUACUGGGAAUCCUUAUUGCAACAGCUGAAAGCCUAUAUGGCUCGAGCCAGGCUCCGUGAAAGACACCAGGACGUUUUGCGGCAGAAGCUUUACAAACUGAAGCAGGAGCAGGGAGUGGAAAGUGAACCUUUGUUUCCCAUUAUUAACAAGGAAUCAAAAUCGUCUAAUCACAAUGCUUCCUCGCCCGACCAUUCUGACCCGGACACCUCGCCUCUCAGGUCAAAAGGAGACCAGGAAAUGCCAGGCACCUCCUCUGCAGAAGCUCCCGAGCCCAACCCAACAACUGAAGAGAAGCCAGAGACCGAGGCUGAAGGGGAGGCGGUGCUCACCGAGGAGGACCUGAUCCAACAGAGCCUGGAUGACUUCGACGCCGGGAAAUACAGCCCCAAGUUGCUCGGUCCUCACGAGCUGCCCAUCGAUUCCCACGUCGUCGAUCCUGACGAAGACCUGCAAAAGCUGCUGAUGGCCAGACAGCAGCUACAGGUCACAGGAGACGCGAGCGAGAGUGCUGAAGACAUGUUCGUGCGUAAAGCCAAAGAGGGGAUGGGGAACGACGAGGCUCAGUUCAGUGUCGAGAUGCCCUUGACGGGCAAGGUCUACCUGUGGGCCGACAAGUACCGUCCCCGUAAACCCCGUUUCUUCAACCGGGUGCACACGGGCUUCGAGUGGAACAAGUACAACCAAACCCACUACGACUUCGACAACCCUCCGCCCAAGAUCGUCCAGGGCUACAAGUUCAACAUAUUCUACCCCGACCUGAUUGACAAGAGGUCGACCCCCCAGUACUUCCUGGAGCCCUGCACGGACAACAAAGACUUUGCCAUCCUGCGCUUCCACGCUGGCCCUCCGUACGAAGACAUUGCCUUUAAGAUCGUGAACCGCGAGUGGGAGUACUCCCACCGGCACGGCUUCAGGUGCCAGUUCGCCAACGGGAUAUUCCAGCUGUGGUUCCACUUCAAGCGCUACCGAUACAGGCGGUAGAAAUCAGGCGGAGGAUUAUCACCGACUGACCAACCUUGCUUUGUAUUUAUCAAGGGUCCUUUGCAGGGUUCUUCAUUGUGACGGGCGAGAGACUAGUCAAAGGGGAUCUUUUACGUCUAAUUUUUUAAUAAUAAACUGGUCACUUCAAUCCGUGACUGUUUGUGGGGACGCCGCUGUGCGCAGUUAGCUGCCGCGUUUCACCCACAAAAUGCACGGUCAAUUCACUUUAUGGUAUAUCCUGUGAAGCGCUUUGAGGCGUCUGGAAGACGCGAUGAGGCGCUGUAUGAAAUAUAAAGAUUAUUAUCAUCAUCUUUUGAAAGUGAGACUUGACGAGUGAUUUUUCUCGAGCGUUCGAAGUCUGUGACAGGUUUGGGCAUCUGUGUGGUGGCUGUCGGUUGCUCUCAGUGAGACUGACUCAGGUUUGACGUUUGGACCUGAAGUCUGAGUGAACCUGACACACAAACAUUUAGGGGCCGAUCUCUCAAUAUCACGGUGUUUGCAAUUCAGAUAUUAUUUAUCUGAUGUUCUCUCUCUCUCUCUCUCUCUCUCUCU